AUGUGCUGGAACCUAUCGACGCUGCUGGUGGUUGUGCACUGCCUGGCGAUGGCCCACCUGUUGGGCUUCCAGUUGGGGAAGCCGUGGCCAGUGUGUCCUGUGAACGAUAACCGCCUGUUAUCGCUGUUCAACCUCCUCUGCAACACCACGCAAAGGACGACGAUCACCGCGCGCGACGCUUGCUACGGUUGCUUCUUCCGAGCCGGCUCACUAACGGCAGGACCAGCUCAAUUGUCCGCCAUCAGUCAGUGUGCUACGCUGUAUCUGCUAAACAGUAGCUAUGCCGUCUGUGCGACCAAUUUGGCUGGUGUCGUGACGGGAUCGCGUCCCUUGGCCAUUCCCGCCGCCGGCAACAUCGAUUGCUACACCGGUCACUGUGAGUUCGUGCAGUGCGUUCGGCGAAUCAACGGAAACAUGCUGAUCAAUGACUGCAUCCUACAAACGCUGGUCAAUCGGGACCUGAACGUGGAAGCCCAACGGACCGGGUUCUACCUCAACACCACCUCGUGCAUUUUGGCACGGGUCCGCUGCGAUCCGUACAAUCCGAUUACGGGUCAGCUGCAGAAUGUCGUGAACACUCCGGGCGGAACGGUGCGAACAACGCGGACGGCAUCGAACGCACUGCAAAUAUCGUCCACCGGAGACAUACGGGUUGUUUCGUUCCCGAGCAAAGUGUUGAUAGGUGAUGCCUUCUGUAGUUCACGCACUCCGCUCGAUCAAUCAUCUUUUGGUAAUUCCAUUUGUUAA